AUGGCGGACUCUCCACUCUGUGUGGCAUGGCAUCGGGCAUGGAACAGACCAUUUGCCAACCAUGGAAGCGAAAUUGAACUUCGAUUUGUAUCUCAUCUUUGGACCGCCAGGACAAGCACCAGCACCACUACGGUGGCACUUCCAUCAUCAUCAAUGAUCAAUUGA